CGCCGCGCCCCCUCCCACGCCCGGGUGGGCCCGGCCCUGGCUCCUGCUCCCCACGGCGGCCACCCCUGCUGCCUUCCUGUCCCCUCGGGCGUUGGGGGGGUCGGGCAGAGUCGGACAUGGGUGACCGGAAGUGGGAGUUCCCGUCGUUGUUGGCGGCGGCAUGGUCUUCUGUCUGGAGAACGAGGAGCUGCGCCGCCCGCUGGGAAGCACCAUGGUCCAUUUCCAGGCCUCUGAAGUCCAGCAGCUGCUACACAACAAGUUCGUGGUCAUCUUGGGGGACUCAAUCCAGCGGGCUGUGUACAAAGACCUGGUGCUUCUGCUCCAGAAAGACUCACUGCUCACAGCCGCCCAGCUGAAAGCCAAGGGGGAGCUGAGCUUUGAACAGGACCAGCUGGUGGCUGGGGGUCAGCUGGGUGAGCUGCACAACGGGACACAGUACCGGGAGGUCCGCCAGUUCUGCUCGGGUUCUGGCCACCACCUUGUACGCUUCUACUUCCUCACCCGCGUUUACUCCGAGUACCUCGAGGGAGUCCUGGAGGAGCUGACAUAUGGGCCUGCCCCGGACCUGGUGAUCAUCAACUCUUGCCUCUGGGAUCUCUCCAGGUAUGGCCGCUGCUCGAUGGAGAGCUACCGAGAGAACCUGGAGCGGGUGUUCAUGCGCAUGGACCAGGUGUUGCCAGACUCCUGCCUGCUGGUGUGGAACAUGGCAAUGCCCCUAGGAGAGCGUGUCACUGGGGGUUUCCUUCUGCCUGAGAUGCUGCACUUUCUCACUCAGCUCCAGCCCCUGGCGGGCUCUUUGCGGCGGGAUGUGGUUGAAGGGAACUUCUACAGCGCUACGCUGGCUGGGGACCACUGCUUCGAUGUCUUGGACCUCCACUUUCAUUUCCGGCAUGCAGUACAGCACCGUCACCGGGACGGUGUCCACUGGGACCAGCAUGCUCACCGCCACCUCUCACACUUGCUUCUGACCCAUGUGGCUGAUGCCUGGGGUGUGGAGCUGCCGAAGCGUGACUAUCCCCAUGACCCGUGGAUUGAGGACUGGCCAGAGCCGGAUCAUCUCUUCCAGGGGAGCCAGGGGCAGCCCCCAGACUUCGGGGAGCAGCUGGCCUUGCCCCCACCCUCUCCCUUACCCCUUCCCAUGCAUUUUCCCUACCCUCUUCCUCAGCCCUCCCCACCUCCUCUGUUUCCACCCCUGCCCCAGGAUCCCCCUUUUUUCCCAGGCCAGCCCUUCCCACCCCAUGAAUUCUUCAAUUUUAAUCCAACAGAAGACUGCUCGAUGCCACCCCACUUAGGAUGUAGCCCCGGAGUGAACUUUGUGCCUGGUCCCCUGCCUCCUCCAGUCCCCAGCCCUAUCCCCCAUGGUCAGCACCGGGGCCUGGCCGUCCACCGGGGGAUGCCACGCUGUAUUCACACCAGCCCCUACCACGUGCCGAGGACAGGGGCACCCUGCAGGCAGCGUCCCAGACACUCAGACAGGCUGAUCCAUACAUACAAACUGGACAGAUGGCCUCCUGCCCAUUCGGGGACGUGGCCUGGGUAGAGUGGAUCUGCCCUGCAGUGCCUGCUUGCCACCCCAGGUGCUGGACCAGGGUAUCUUGCUAUGCCUGGCAUUGUUGUUGUCCAUUGCUGUCACCAAUAAAGGCAUGGAAGAACA